AUGCUGGCGGCGGGGGUGCCGCGGGCCCUGUGCCGCCUGGCCGCCCGGCGCUGCCCCGCGGGGCUCCCGCCGUCCCGAACCGUCUGGCGUGGCGGGGCCCGAGGGGAGGAGGGCGGCGGCGGCAGGACGGGGCUCGCCCGUCGGCGGUGGGCCCGGCCGGUCGGGGGUGCCCUGGGCUUCCUGGGAGCCUUCUCGCUCUUCCCCAGGGACGCCGAGGAGGAGGGCGAGGACGCCAUCAUCCUCCUGCUGAAGAGAGCCAAGCUCAGCGUCAUGAAGGGUGAGCUGGGGGAGGCCGAGCGGGUGCUGCACCAAGCCCUGCGGCUGUCGCACCAGUCGGAUAACAGGAAAGCCAUCGUCUACACCUACAGCAUGAUGGCAAACGUGGCCUUCAUGCAGGGACACCUGGACAAUGCAGAAAAGCUCUACAAAGCAAGUAUGAGCUAUUUGCUUGCAGGGGAUGCAAAGGAGGAUGACAAUGCAAUCCUUGAGAUGUCCCUCAAGCUGGCCAGUAUCUAUGCUGCUCAGAAACAGCACAAAUUAGCCCUGGCUGGCUAUGAGUUCUGCAUCCUGACCUUAGAGGAGAAGAUUGCCAAGCAAAAGGACUUGCCUGAGGAUGUCUUACCAGCUGAAGAAAAGGCCAACACCCGUCUCUUGCUUGGGAUGAGUCUAGACUCCUAUGCUCGCUAUCUCCUAAGCAUUAACCAGCUCCCAGUGGCCCAAAAAAUGUAUGAGAAGGCUCUGCAGAUAUCAAAUGAUGUUCAGGGAGAGACUCAUCCACAGACUGUCAUCCUGAUAAAUGACUUAGCAACUGUACUGGAUGCUCAGGGGCACUACGAUGAGGCAUAUUCCUAUGUGAAGAGGGCAGCUGAGCUGGCAAAGGAGACUCAGCACCCUGAGGAGCACAUGGUGCUGAAUAACCUGGCAGCAAUUCUGAUGCACAAAGAAGACUUUCUGCAAGCAAAACAAGUGUACAAAGAAGCUCUCAAGCAGGCACAACAGAAGGGAGAUGUUGCUUCUGUCCAGCAUAUCCAGGAAGAACUAGCUGAGCUGGCCAAGAGGAGAAAGGGCUCCAAAUAAGUUUGGCCACAGAGUCCAACCUUGAGGUCGCUGACAGCAGCAAGGGUUGGUCACUAGAAGCAGCCUGGGACCAGUUUGGUGCAAUUCUCCAGGGGAACAGCAAUGAGGAGUUUAAGGACUGCUUAACAAGAAGGGCUGCUACUGCCUAGCAACUUGGCCCAAAAUAAAGUUGUGAAAUCUUAA